AUGUUAUCUCUACUAUUAAUUCUUAUUAUUCAACAUAUAUUAGCUGAAACUGAUUUAAAAUCGAAUGAAACACUUUUAGAAGUAAGAAAAUUAAAUGCACUUCCAUAUGAACAUAACAGUAAAGUAAUUGGUCUUGAUGCCGAAUUUAAUUUUAACAUGACUAAUAUAACUUAUGCUAUGAAAGAAUUAAAUAUUGAUUCUUAUUAUAUAUCAAUAACAUUUAUUGAUGAUGAACAAAAUGAAGAACGAACUGCAAUUAUAGAUUUACCAAAUAAUGGAACAACAUAUUAUUAUGGUCAAUUAAAAAUGGAAAAUUUAGAAGAUGAAGGAAAUUAUUUAAUAUGUGUAUUUUUUUAUAAUAAUAAUCGAACAAAUUUAAUUGGUUCAAGUCGUUUUUGUCAUGUUGUUUCCGUUUCUGAUAGUUGUCAAUUAGAACAAUUAAAAAUAUCAUUUACUAAUCAACCUGUUUAUAUUUUACUUAUAUUAGUUGUUGUUUUAUUAGUAGCUGUUGUUAUAUUUUCAAAUAUACGUCGUUGUAUUUAUCGACCACGUAAUUUUGAAGAAAAACUUGCAACUUUACCAGAACAUCAUGCACGUGAUUUAACUGAUCUUCGUGGUCUUAGUAGACGACAAAAAUAUGCAGCAACAGCACUUCAAAAUCGUCUACGUGCCGAUUCAAUUUCUACAAUUGGUGAGGAUUCUAAUAUUGAUCAAGAAUAUUUUAAUUAUCAUGGUUAUGAUAAUAAAUCAUUAAAUACUCUAACUGAAUAA